GGAUAGUCCCGGAUGUUGGCUCUGCUGCCGAGCGAGAGGCGAAUCGGGGAGAAGGCAAGGCAGGCGUAGAGAGAGAGAGAGAGAAGCAGUGAAGGGACGCCACGGCACCGCAGGCACACCGGCGAACCUUCGGCGGCUCAUUACCCGGGACGACAAACGUUCGAGCGCGCGGGGGACACUCUCGGGGAUCCCGCCGGCCCACAGGAGGCAGACGGCGUCAGAUCGCGGGAGCAGUUAAGUGCGAAACUACCGCGAGGAUUACGGAGACCACCGUCAACAUCAGCUAUCUCUCCCAACAGACCGGAAGAGAAGGCAUCUACUUGGGGUGCAGUAAGUCGAUGAAGCGCUUGACUUGCUUCGGCGAAGACAGCUUGCUAAUGUCCUGAUCGGAGGGCCCAGACUUUAGCCAUCCCCCCCCUCACCUGCUCCUCUCCCCACCAGUCAGUGGAGCUCCAACAUAGGCCGCCAGUUUAUCUCCAGGUUUUAGGGUUUACCCCCCCUCCCCCCUUCCCCGCUGCCCGGCCUGUCGUCAACAUGACGUCGGAGCUGGAAAGUAGCCUGACCUCCAUGGAUUGGCUCCCUCAGCUUACCAUGCAGGCGGCCAUCCGCAAGGGCGACGGCCAGCACGGCCACGGCCCCGGCAUGGGUAAGAAGAGCGCCCUCCUCGAUCCCAACACCACGCUGGACCAGGAAGAGGUGCAACAACACAAGGACGGCAAGCCGCCUUACAGCUACGCCAGCCUGAUUACGUUCGCCAUCAACAGCUCGCCAAAGAAGAAGAUGACGCUGAGCGAGAUCUACCAGUGGAUCUGUGAUAAUUUUCCCUACUACAGAGAGGCAGGAAGUGGCUGGAAGAACUCGAUACGGCACAAUCUGUCAUUGAACAAGUGUUUCCUCAAAGUGCCUCGCUCUAAGGAUGAUCCGGGAAAGGGUUCUUAUUGGGCUAUUGACACCAACCCAAAAGAGGACGCCUUGCCAACGCGACCCAAGAAGAGGCCGCGGUCUGGAGAGCGGGCUUCUACGCCAUACAGCCUGGAGUCGGAGUCUUUGGGGAUGGAGUGUAUGAUCUCUGGAAGUGCCUCUCCAACGCUGGCAAUCAACACUGUGACUAACAAGGUGGCACUCUACAACACGGACCAGGAAGGGAGCGACAGUCCGAGAAGCAGCCUUAACAACAGCCUGUCCGAUCAGAGCCUGGCCUCCGUCAAUCUCAACAGUGUGGGCAGCGUGCACAGCUACACGCCGGUGAGCAGUCACCCAGAACCCGUGUCUCAACCUCUGAGCCUCCAACAACCCCAGUCCCAGUACAACAUGCCCGACAGAGACAAGCAGGUCAUGUUCUCUGAAUUUGAAGAUCUCAGUGCCUCCUUCCGCAGCCUUUACAAGUCCGUUUUUGAGCAGUCCUUCAGCCAACAAGGCCUGAUGGGACUACCGUCAGACACACCGCAGCAGACCCACACGUCCUGCUCCUAUCAGCACUCCCCCAGUGGCGCCAUCAGCACGCAGAACAACCUGUCCAACAACCAGCCCAACAGCCACUCCAACAACAGUGGCCAGGUCCCCCUCUCCCACCCGGCGCAAGCCCACCCCGGACACGGCUCCCCGCACACGCAGCACCUCCCGCAGCACGCCGGCCCGCACAACCAGCACGGCCAGCACCCGCAGCAGCACCCGUCCCACGGCCAGCACCCGCAACAGCACACGCCGCAUCCCGUCCAACACGCGCAGCACGGCCAACACCCGUCGCAGCAUCAGAGCCUCUCCCACCAGCCGCAUCCCGCCCAGCAGCAGAUGGCCUGCAAUCCAGGUUUACUUUCUGACUGGUACCCAAAUCUGGACGCACUGAAAGAAAGCUGCCGCAUUGCGAGCAGCUAUAACUGGGCGGAUGUGGACCUGUCACCUUUCCAAGGGUUGCGAGAGAGCAUGAGGCAGGCCGAGUUGAACAACUGGUCGCUGGAGCCCACACAGAUUGCCGACCUGUGCUCGUCCAUCAACCAGUUCUUCGCCCGCACCGGGGUCAUCCAGCCGCAGGGGACGGUGCAGCCGGCCGUCUGUCACGCGCCCAUGCACCCAAACAAACCCAGCCAGCACCUCGGCACAGGAAAUCUCUACAUGGACUCCAGACAGAGCAUGUCCAUGAUGGGCCCCCCGGGGUAUCCCCACAUGCCCCCCAUGAGCAGCGCGGGACCCACCAUGACUGGGCACCACGCUCAGAUGAACCAGCAGCACAUGAUGCCGAGCAGAAACUUCCAGAUUCAUCGCAUGCCGGCCGAUGACAUCCAGGAUGAUUUUGACUGGGACUCCAUUGUGUAGCCUCCUCCUCUCAUUUUUGUUGUAUUUUUUUGAAAACAAAAGGAGUAGAGAGCGAAGAGAGGAGGAGGUGGAAGCCAGAGGAAAUCAGGCUGGGCUAAAAUAAGGCCGUGGGAGGGGGAGGAGAUGGAGGAAGGAGGAAACCAACAACCCCCUACUCUCCUUCUCGGUGGGCGAACAUUAGGCGGAGUGCCGUGAAACAUUUUUACAUAACCAGAAAAAGACAAUCAUAUUAUUGGGACAGGAUCAAGUGUAUGUCUCCAGCUCGCCUCUCCCACCAUCCUAACCAGCGGCCUUCCAGACACCCAACCCCCCCCCCCCCCCUCCCCCAUUUUGUCCCGCUUUUAGCCAAGCCACUCCACCACUGUUCUGUGAUUUCAGCUUGUGAUUCUUCUUCUCGUGUUGGCCUCAGCCGCCUCGUGGAUGAAUUGAGCUAUCUCUUUUUUUAAAUAAUCUUUUUAUUGUUUUGUAAAAGAAACACAGGCGGCCUGUGUGAGUCAUGUGACGGCGGAAGAGUCCCCCCCCCCCCCUCUGUGGUUGGCUGGCAGAGGUUUUGAACAGGGUGUUGAAAAAAAAUACACGAAAAAGGUCUUCAGGCCUACUUUUAACUACCAUAGAAUGAAAACCAACCAAUGUGAUCGUACAAAGGAAUGUUUGGGAUACAUUGACAGAAAAAAAGUCAAAUUACAGGUAAAAAGUCAGCCGAAUGUUGCAAAAGUGUCUUGUUCAUUUUUAAUUUAAGUCAAUAUGAUGAGUGUGACAGCAGCAGAAUACCAAAUGUUAGUUUUUUGUUGUUUUGUUUUUAAAGCUGUAAGCACAUCCACAUCUAUGUCAUUUUUUCCAUCAAUGUUCCCUUUGGGGCAGUGAUUCCCAACCUGCUACUGUGAGCCAAUACACCUAUUAAAAAAAAAAAUAAUCUGAUGGCACACCCCCAAACAAAAAUGUCACAAAUAGGAUAUAAACAUACUGAAAUAUUGUCUCGAUUUUUAUUCGUCCUUUUAUUUAAGGUUUGUGUUACAAUUGUGGAGAAACAUUAAUUGUUCAGCCUGUCACUAUACGUCACGGGCAUGACUAGACCAACAAAUGCACCGUUUUGGACCAAUUAAGUAAAAUUGGAUAAUGGCUCACCCUCACAGUAGUUGGGAAUCACCGCUUUAGGGAUGGGCAUAGUCUUUGAUUUAUUCAUCUUUAAGGAUUGAUGGCCGAUUAGUUGUGUCUGGAGGUGAUGGAGACAAAAUGGAGUUGACUUCCUUGAUGCAAUGAGUAGAAAUGCUGUCUGUUACCAUCUACGUCCACAUAAACGGUUUCCUUACUAGUGUCUGCCAUUUGUAUUGUUUUUUUUUUUAUCAGUUAAUAGAAGGUUCAUUUUUCCUGUAGGCAGUCAAGGAAAUGCCCAUCCCUAAUUCCUUUUUAUAACUAGCAGCCUAUUGAUCAUUAAAGAUGUUGGUGACAACUUGGACAAGCAGUAUACUAAAAGUGAGAAGCUGAACAUUCACAGUAUUUGUAAGAUGAAUACAGAAUCCUCUCAUAAAAUACCUUCAUGCAUCUUAAAGUUGAAUGCAAGUCUGCCUCGCAUUAGGCAGAAAAACAACUAGUCAUCUACUGCCUCUCCUUCAAUUUUGAUUUCCAAUCUCUUACUCAAAAAUAAACUAAAAUGUGAAAAAUUGAAAUUGCGCUACAGUCCAGCUUACCUUCAACUCACGGUUCAGAACAAACAUCAAUGUAUGAAUAUCUGGCUCUGUGACAUCAGCUGAACUGAAUUAAAAAAAAAAAAGGCACUGUAACAUUGAACUGCGACCCUGGUUUAGAAAAUUUAUUGAUUCUUUCUUGUUCCACUAGAGGGCGCCUAUGUACCAAUAGUGGUAUUCGAGUCACUGGUUUAGGAUGAGGGUCAGAGGCUAACGGCUCGAAAGUUCAAAAUGAUACUUACCUCUGAUUAAUGAUCUGUAGGCUCUUUACCUGCCCUUAAAUGUGUGUCAUUUUAUUUUAUUAUUUUUUACAUAAUGAAGAUGAAUUUUCCAUGCUAUAUUGGGAAUUUGGGAAUUUAGCUUAUUCUGAUCAUUUUUAUUUGAGGUUAUGCUAUAAGCACAACUGUUAAUUUGUUUUCUGGAAAAGCACACAAAAGAUAACAGGGUGAUUGGCAGUUCUGGAAACUUCCAUAUUGAUGGGCGCUAAAGCAACUCCGCUUACAUGCAAAUUCUCACACAGUCAUGUAAACAACAACGCCAGUCAGGAUUCUGUCAUACUCUGCGUCCUUUUUCAUUUAAUCUGGCAAGUUGUGCAAGGGAUGGGCAUUUGACAGGCAUUUCCUUGGUUGACUAGAAUAAAUUGUUAGUUUUUGCGGAAUGUUUUGAAUAUGAUGUGAUCGAUCUCUGAACUCCACUUUCUCGGGCGGUGUUGUAUUAAACGCUGCCUGAAGGAGUUGAUUCCCAUAGCUGAUGUCAAUAUUGUCCUCCUUUAGACAUCCGAGUUCCAAUCCAGUCGUGACAAUUCCAUUUUGCCUCAAUUGCAACAAUCAAUCGACUAAUCAAUCUUUAUGCCCAUGCUUAGUUUGUAUUCCCUUAACAGAGGCCCACGGUUCGCUUUUCCCAUCAUUCCACACCUGGGACUGGAUUUGGAAUGAUUCUGGUCCAGAGUGAAACUCAUCACGCAUCAAGAUGAUUUAUUCAUCAUAUGAAAAGAUAAGUUCCAACUUGCUAAACUAUAACUUUAAAGACCCUGUAACACAUGCAAAGACUGAACAGGGAGUUGUGAAACUUUUUUUUUUAGGACAGAUUGACCUUUUGCCAAGGGUAAGGCUUUCUGACAAUCAUUUUGAAUAGUGCUGAGUUUGCAAAAUGAAUAUUAAAUUACAGGGAUGGCACUUGACAAAAUUCCCCAGAUUUUUGUAGCUCAUCAUCCCAUAGUGGAUGCCAUUUUGCCGUCUUGGGACGGCAAACUUUAGUUAAGAGCAAAUAGUGAUGUUGUUUACUCCAGUUUACCCCCAAUCGCUUCCAAGACAUAACUAAUCAAUUCAAUUGAUAAAUACCCACGCCCAUCCUUCUUGUAAAACUCAAUGGAGGGAACGUUUGUUUCACAUCUUCCGGGCGAAGAGUAAAAACAACUUCAAAUGUGGCUUGAAAAAAGGGACACAGUGUAAGAAAAAUGACUGGAUCACUUUUUUGUUGCUUGUAUGCGCGAGUCUGUUUGCUGGUGUGUUUAAAAAAAAAAAAAAUUGGAGGGGGGUAGGUCAAAGUUCGUUAUUACUUGCCAGAGAGAUUAUUUGGGAGAUUUUAACACAUUUUGAAUGAGGGAAAGAUUUUUCAAGAGCAGCCAUCAUCAUCCUAGUACUGUCAGUUGAAAUGAAUGGUCGUUUCCUUCAGUGCCGGUGUCGUCGUGCUUGUACAUAUUUGUCUUUUUCAAUCCCCCCCCACACCCCCCUCCUUGUUUUCCUCCUGGGGGCCGGGUGAGUCCACGAAAUAGAUGAGGGAGGGGAAAGAAUAUUUUGUUAUCGUCCAAUCAGAGGGUGACAGUAUGUAUAUAUCUAUAUUGUAUAUAUGUGAUGAAAACGCAUUGGCUUUUUUUGUGUGUGUGACACUACCUUUUACCUGUACUAUGUUUCUACAUUCGGUGUUUCAGUGUUGAUAAUAUAUAUUUGGUUUGUGUUUCAUUGUUUUUAGUUUGUCUUUGUCAUUUCUUGUUUGUUUUCCUCCUAUUUUCGCCCCUUUUUAUUUUAAAUUGCACGAUUUAUUACUUUUGCUGUCAAAUGAGGUGCACAGCUACUCUUUGUAUUCGUUUAGUGCUGUAAAGUGUUAUUAGACUUGUCAAAACCACCUGAACCCACCCGUACCCAAGCCCUCUCCUUGCCCAAUAUGCAUGAAUGGCACUUAAAAGAAAUAAAAUAUGGUAACUUCACUGUG